CCGGGGCCGUGCCGGCGGGAAAUAAAGGAAGUGGGCAAGCCGCGGCUGCGUACUCCGCGCGCCUGGGAGACUGCCUGGUCCCUGGUCUUUGGUCCCCGGCCCCCGCCGCCCGUCUCUUGGCUUCCUGCCGCGGCUGCUGGGUUGCUGACUUGGGACACCUACAAAGCCGGAAACCAGACAGAGCCCUGCAAGGCUGCUUGUGCCAUGGAUUCUCAGGUCAGCAAUGGUUCAAGCCUCCAGGAUGAGCGCAUCACAAACUUGCUGGUGUUUGGCUUCCUCCAAAACUGCUCCAACUAUAAUUUCCAUAAAGAGUUAGAAGUGUUGGGCCGUGAACUGCCUGUGCCACCAGCUUACCUGCAGGAGGACCACGAUGAUGGGCUCCAGACAGAUGGCAACCGGUGCAGCCGCUUCCUGGAUAGCGAGGAGACAGAUUCUGAGAGUCAAGAGGAAAUCAUCCAAGAUAUCGCCAGGCAGCUCGCCCAAAUCGGGGAUAGGAUGGAUCACAGCAUCCACCCAAGAGUGGUGAAUAACCUGGCAAUGCAGUUUAUGAAUGUGAACCUGUCAGAAGAAGACAGAAGGAAGCACCUUGCUGCUGCGCUGGAGCAGGUCCUACAGACUUACCCGAAGGACAUGGAGAGGGAGAAGACCGUGCUCCUGUUGGCCAUGGUAUUGGCCAAAAAGGUGGCCGAUCACACACCGUCCUUGCUCCGUGAUGUCUUUCGCACAACAGUGAACUUUAUUAACCAGAACUUACUCACGUAUGUGAGGAACUUAGUCAGAAAUGAGAUGGACUGAGUGGACAACUCUGCAAAAGUACAACUGGUUAAAACUUGAUAUGGUGACAACAGUACACCUGCCUCCAGUGGAGAUGGAGCCAUGGCUGUGUAAACAAAGUUCUUAGAGAAGAUAGGCACAAAGUAAUAGCUAUUUAUUUCUUACUAUUUUAAAGAUGAUGUUUUAAGCAAGUGAUUCAUUUAGAAACUUUACCUUAACAUACUUGAAUGAAAAUGUCAACUUGCACAGAUUUGAAUGAGUUUCAUACCAUCUUCCAAAUCCACUACACACUGUGCCUUUAUCUUAUUUCAGCUGUACGGGUCUUCACUUGAAAAUUAAAUUUAAGAACAGAUUGUAAGGCAGAAAAAAAGGUUUUUUUGUUUAAGAAAAAAACCCAUGUUUUUUUGUUUGGAAAAAAAAAAUACUGUUUAUUAAAGUGCAACCUUGGGGUGUGGUCUGACAGCAGGCAAUAUGAGGAGAGUAAGGUCUGGAGACGGAUGAACUUACCCCUCACAAAUGAAAAAUCCCUCUCAAUGUAGGGCACACCUUGAUACUAAGGAAGUUAACAGUCUUCCCAUUUAAAAACCAAACAGUACAAGAGGUUCUGGACUAAAGUUCUGUACUCAAGCAAUGGGAAAAUCAGGCCUCAAAACAUGAUUUUUUUCAACUCGAUUUCCUUUUGAGUUAAGAAGGACCACAGGCAAUUGAAAGGUGUGGAGAUCAUUUAAGGGCCCACGUCAACCACAGCUUCCAAAAUCAGGUAACCAAAUGCACCUUUUCUUUCCAAGAAGUCAAGGCUCUGAUAAAAAUUUUAAGCUGAUGUAGUACCAGAAGCUACUACAUCCAGCCCAUGGGGGAAUGUCUGUUAAUAAUCUUACAUUUUCAUUUUCCUCCCAUAUCCCUCAGCUUACCCUUGCCCAAGAAGCGACAUCUGAAGAAAACAGGUUUCUAGCCAUAAAGAUAAAACAAUAGUUAGACUUUUAAAAAUUCAACAGUUGAGGUGGUUCCCUUUCUUAGAGACACAGUCAGAAUGCAAGUAAUAACAAAAGUAAGUCACUUAGGUAGUGCCAAAAUAAACCAGGGAGAGCUUACAUUUAGAAACAGUGCAAUACUGGUCUGUUGUUCCCAGCGAUAAGCAUUUCCUAGGAUUCUGUUUAAAGGUACAGUGGUGGAUGCUGGGUCCAUAUCACACACAUUAAUGUUAGGCUUACCAGUAAUACUGUUGUUACUAUGAAUAGAACACUCUGGGAAAGGAUAUGAACAAGAGUAAUAGGUACUAAGAAAUACUUUCUUGUUACCAAAAACACUUUUCUGUUCCUUGAGAGUUUAAUCAGAAAAGAAAUAUGACUGCAUUGUUCAGCAUUAAAUACAUACCACACUAGGGCUGGGCCUCAAUCUGCUAUCUGCAGUAUGUUGCAAAUACUAAAAGCCGUGCAGUAAGAAGGCCACCAUUUGGAAAUAAACCGGUAAUGCUGUUAUGUUUUGGAGUGGACUUUUUUUUUUUUUGAAGGAUUCAUAUCACAGUGGAAACAGGUUGAAUCACACAUAUACAUACAUACCCACUCAUCCAUACGUGUAUCAGUUCAAUCAGAUUCUCACUAGGGGUGGAGGGACACUUUCUUCUGAAAGGAACAAUUUAAAUACGAAGUCAACUCUAAUGGAAGAAAAAAAGAGCUCUAAAAACGACAGAUAAUUCCAGACUAUCUCUUAUAAUACUUACAACUUUUCACAUCUUUAUCUGCCAGUUUUGCUUAAAUUGAUACAGUAGGCCACCAUUUUCAUACAACUUAUACACACGUGUUGGUGUAAAUUUUUUCAGACCAAGUUAGACUUUCCCAGCCAUGAGGCAAAAUUAUCACCUUCUUGUCCCCAAACCAGCAUUAUGAAAAGAGUCCACUGUAUCAAAAACGAAUGUUCCCAGUCUUGAGCACAUCCCAGCCAGAAUGACUGACACAUAUCCUGGAAGUUGGUGGAUUUUACUCAUCAUGGAUAUAACAAAGUUUUUUUUAAUUUAGAGAAUGUGUUUCAUCCUGUUGUUUUAAAUAUUUGAAUUAAGCAAUGGAAAUUCCUUGGUUAAAUAUAGAAAGUUUUCUGGGGCGCCUGGGUGGCUCAGUCGCUUAAAUGUCCAACUCUUGAUCUCAGCUCAAGUCAUGAUCGAACUCACAGUUUUGUGAGUUCGAGCCCCGCAUUGGGCUCUGUGCUGUCUGGAGCCCCUUGGGAUUCUCCCCCUCUCUGUGGUCUUCCCCCUCUCCCCCCACUCACAUUGUCUCUCUUAAAAUAAGUAAAUACAUUAAAAAAAAAAAAAAUUCUUGCCUCACCUCUAGCAGCUUAACAAGGCUGGAUUCUUAAAUGAAUAAAAAGUGAAAAGCUUUCUUCUCCAGAAGCUAGCUGCUUGGCAUAUCUGAAAGUCAGGUGGAUUAUCUGGUAUAGUCUGAAGGUCAAAUCAUUCCUGAUCUCACCACUUAGGAUCCAGCACUAACUGCUGAGAUGCUCAGGGCUACCUUAAAGGGUCAUAGCACCAAAGCCUUUUAUUUUCCAACAAUUUCACUGCUGACUGGGAACCUGAAUAUGGAGUGUCCUUUGAAUGUUAAGAUCAUGUUUUCAGAACCUGAAGGCAAAGCAAAUAAGUGUGUACCUGUCAAGACCCCAAGCUUAUCUGAAAUGAUCCCUCUGAAGUCCAAGGCAUAAGAUUACCAUGUGAAUACAAAGAGUCGUCCAUCAAUUAUCUUCAGAUCUCACUUUAUUUCAACCUCCAAUGUAUUCUCCCCAACACACUGCUUCUAACAGCACAAUUCAUAGAUUUGAAUUUUGUUCUUUUCCCCUGAUGAAGAGUAGAUUGGCCAAAAGGCAGAUAACAGGAGGGAAAAGGAAGAGCCAGAAUAAACCACAAAUAAGGUGAGCAAAUCAGAGUUGUUAGGAGAGCUAAUGGAAAUUCAUACAGAGAAAGUAAAUACAUGCACUUAAGUAAAAUGCCUGUGUUACCAAAAUUACCAUUUAAUUCCAGUAAUUUUGAGGAGAUGAGAGCAUUAGAACCAAUAAUAAAUUGAACUCAGUCAAGGAAUGAGGUAGAGAGAGGCACUUUUAAUGUAAAGGAAAAGAGAAAUGAAAGCCUAAGAUAGCUGGAAAAAUACACAGAUUCUAUCUUUUCCUUUGGUGCUGGCCAAGGACCAACCUAUGUAAUACAAUUGUCUUGCUAAAAAUCAGGAACCAAGUUAUUCCAGACUCCGUAACAGGGAAGAUUGUAUUUCAACUUCCUUUUAUUCCUGGAACAAACAGUAGUAAAAUGUCAAAACUUUUGUUCAUAACAAUAUACUGAUUAACCAAUUUCUUCCGGUGGUGCAAAAAAACACUCACUGAGCAAGAUCACUAUAAAAUUUCCCCUUAGAAGUUUGAGAAGGGGGCAAAGAUCACCUUAAACCAGCUGCUACUUUUUAACUUAUUACAAGGCCUUGCAAAUAUCCCUGAGAACAUCUCCUACCUGAGCUUACGAUGAAGCAGCUGCCUGGCUAGAGCUACUGCAGUGUAAACAUAAACAUCGGGAGGGCCCUGAUGAUUUAAAUUCACAGGAACAUGGCCAGCCACAGGCUAGUCUUAUGUAAAUAAAGGGAAGACCAGGAUGUCUUCAUAUUUUAGUUUCAUGACCGUUUCUACUCUCUAUGGAGUUCUAUGUAUGAGGUAACUAAGAAAUAGUGACUAAAUUUUAAGAAACAGGUAUCCUACAGCCAAGGCCCCAGUGUACUGUGGAACUGAGAUGUUUCACUGGAAAGUUAUCUAGUGUCAGCUUCUGAGCAAGAUGUGUCUGUGGCUGUACCUUGCCAGCUCUCAAGUCAGUCACCUCUCGAAUGUUGAGAGGCCAAUGACUGGCGGUAUCCCCCACUUCAUCUCAUCCCACUUCACAACCCAUGGCAUAGGCAGGGGGAAAAAAUAGAGGAAAGGGAAGAGAAAGCAUCAAGGCGCUGUCUUCACGUCAUUUGGUGAUGAUUCCUGGGUCAGACUGCCUUACUCUUGUUUAUAAGCAGAAGUACUUAUGUGACACACUAAAAAAGAUAAAGAUCCAUACCAACAAUAACUGCACAUUCUUUAGCCACAAGGCAUCACAUUCACUAAGAGAAAAUCCUACAAGUUCGGAAUAACUCUGGACAUAACCUUCACUCCUAUUUCUGUAGAACAUGCUCAAAUUUUAGAUUAGGCCAGAUGGAACCGUUGUACAAAUCAAGAAAAAAACUCCCUUUCUUCCAGGGCACAGUCUGGUGCGCCUGGCUGCCCUUGUGCAGUCCAUGAUUGGCACAACCAUUUGUAGAGAGCCUACCAAUCCUGCUUGGCAGUGUCAUAAACAUGGUAAAAACCGAGAAAAGCACUAGACUUGGAGUCAGAAAAAUCCAGUCACCUUUUCCUCUCCCAUGCUAGGUGGCUUUUGAAAAGUCAUUAAACUCCAAUUAGGUCUCUUCACAGCGUAAGCUGGGGAUGAGGACUAUGAAUAGCCAUUGCAACUGUGAAGGUGGAAUAAGGUACAUGAUGGUGCACAAGAACAAUCUCUGGCAAAUUGUAAAUGUUCAACUAUUGUUAAAAUUAUAAUGACCCACACUUUUUAAGGAAAAGGAUACUCUAAUACAGAAAAAUAUGCACCCUAAACUGAAACCCAUCUCACAGUUGAACCUCCUCAGUGACGAAUGCUGUAAUGGGUUGUCACUAAUGGCAGAUCUCGUUCCUCCAGAGAAGCUACAUUUUUCUGGCAUGGUGUUGCUGAGGCUUUAAAUGAGAUACAGUAGCGCCCCCUCAUCCUCCCCAGUGGAUGCCUGAAACCACAGAGAAUACUGAGCCCUAUGUAUUUUUUUUCCCCCACACAUACAUAUCUAUGGUAAAGUUAGUUUAUAAAUUAGGCAUAGUAGACAUUAACAAGAAAAUAGAAUUAAGAUAAUAUACUGUGAUGAGUUCUGUGAAUGUGGUCUUCCUCUCAAACUAUCUUAUUAUACUAAUACCCUCAUGAGGACAUGAGAUGACAAAAUGCCUACGCUAUGAGAUGAGUGAGGUGAGCGAUGCAGGCACUGUGAUGAACCAUUAGGCUACUACUGACCUCAGGAUAUGGGAGUAAAGAUCAUCUACUUCUGGGCCACGGCUGACUGCCGGUAACUGAACCGCAGAAAACAAAACUGCAGACAAGGGGAUUUGUGAGGAAAUCAGUUCAGAGGCCAGAAUCUGUUUCUGUAAAGGUAAUCAAAUAGUCUACAGGCCCUCUAUGAAAUAUGAUCACCAACUCAAAUUUUACCUGUAGUACCUUUUAUUUCUAUAAGACCUCUCAAAAUAAUUUUAAAAUUCUGUGGGUAUGACAUUUGUCCACAUCAUGCCUUUUAGAGAAAAAGGCAAAGAGCAGGCAUUACUUUUGUAUUAUUAGAGGGAAUUAGCAUGAAGGCUGGGGAAAUUGAUUUCCACAAGAAAUUAAUGGUAGCUGUACUUCCAAAAAACCACAUUCCUGGGUUCAUUGUUUAUUCCCCCAGGACAGACCCAGUCAAGUAGCUGCAUUUUGAUAUAAGAGAUGGUACAGAAACAUAGGUGAGAGGAGGUAUCAAGGAUGCCUUUGUGUGGUGAACGUGUGAACCAGAUGGUCAACAGUUGCUUUUCAUUUUCUAGAAAGCUUUCUAGAGGGCAAUGAUGAUACAAGAGUCCCUGUAAGGCACACUGUAGACACUGAUUUCUAUUGGCUCAGAAUUAUUAUUUUAAUACAAAGACGAUAAAGUGGCAUUCUUUAAUUCUGGUAUUUUUCUCAAGAAACCUUCAUUGGUUUUUUACCAAGUUUUCAGAAAUCAUUACAGUCUAUAAAGCAAUUAAGAAGAAAUCUAGAAAACUUACUAAUACAAACUUUUGCUCAAUAAAGAAUGAGGAACGAUAAAUGGUGAUACUCAAUUCCACAUUUGAGUUCCAUAAGCAAGUGAGAUUUAUCCCUAAUCUGCCUUUUUACCUUAGAUUUAGAUGUAAUGUAAGUUGGGGAGGCAUGGGGGAGAAGAAAUGGCCUCUGACUACCAGCCCCACCAAAAACGAGGGACGUGGGAGGCUGAGAAAUAAUUUUUUUUAAUAAGCAAAAAACAGGAACUGCUGUAAGCAGCAGUCCUCAUUAGGGUAUUUCCCCUCCAGUGCCAGAGGCAGAGGAUAAGGAAGUGAAGAAGCAACAGGCACCCUGACACACUCUAUUAUUCAGAACUAUCAAUGAUUCAACCUAGAGAAAGCCAAUGGAAAAGAGUAUUAACCAUUACCCAGCAAGAGGCAAUUGGCCAAAUCACUUUGGGUUAAUGUUCAACAGAUAGGAAAAUAAACCAGCACGUGGCAGCAUCCUAUCACAUGUCUCAGUCUUUCCUUUAGUGGAGAACACAGACCCAAAUAUCCUAAGCCACAGAUCUCCUUGUAGUAGCUCAGAAGUAAACCCGGUUUCUAUUAGUGCUUAAAUGUGUUCAGCUAAUGGGUUUGGGCUCCGGAGUUUAAAAGUGUCAACACUGGAAGGAAAAUAUUUUAUUAUAAAAGAGAAAAAAAAAAAAAAUCAGGAUAACUCACCAGUGUGCUCUUAUCCUAUGCAAACACAAAAGUAGGAACUAGAAUACAGAGAAACCCCAAUGUCGGAGCCAACUGUCAGAGUCCAAGGAGUGAAAACCAUCUUUACUACAUUAAUUCCCAUCCUCCCACCUCUUCUCUAGCUACACUAAUCAAGGUGCACCAAAACCCUUAAAAAUAUCACUCCCUAAGACGCUACAACUCAGAACAUACAGAUACAGUGCAUGAUAAAGCUGAAUAGACAAACACACUUCAGACCUUUCCUUGACCAGCUUUUAAAUAGUAUUGCUUUAGGGAGAAGAUUUAAUUUUAAAAAAUAAAUUUAAAAAAGAAAGCACAUUUAAAACGUCAAGUUUUGGUGAUCAGGAUAGUAAAGUAAUUUUAUUACAAAUUUCAGGAUCUAAAAAGUAAUUUGUUACAUUUACUAAGAUAAAUCUGAGAUGACCUGUAUCAAGCAUGUGUGUCCUGCAUAGUGACACUGUGAUCCUCAGGCAUGAAAAGACAUGGUUCCACCCCCCCCCUGCUUUAGGGAUGGG